GCCGGGCAGAGACCGCCACGCUGGGUCGCGCAUUCCGCGCCGGGGCUGCCAGCGAGUUACUUCUCCUUUGAUAUUCUUAUUGCCAAAGUGAAACUCUCUUGUUUCCUUGCAAGAUGAAAGGAAUCAACCAUGUAUGAGCCACCACCGGACAAUUUAGCAAUAGCAAAUGCUUCUGAUUUCCCGGAUUAUGCAAUUACUCUUGAAAACUGCACCGAUGAAAAAAUUCCAUUCAAGAUGCACUACCUCCCUGUUAUUUACGGCAUCAUCUUCCUCGUAGCUUUCCCAGGGAAUGUACUGGCCAUUUCCACUUACAUUCUCAAAAUGCGUCCCUGGAAAAGCAGCACCAUCAUCAUGCUGAACUUGGCCUGCACAGACUUGCUGUAUCUCACCAGCCUCCCCUUCCUGAUUCACUACUAUGCCAGUGGGGAAAACUGGAUCUUUGGGGAUUUCAUGUGCAAGUUUAUCCGCUUCAGCUUCCAUUUCAACUUGUACAGCAGCAUCCUUUUCCUUACCUGUUUCAGCAUCUUCCGCUACUGUGUGAUCAUUCACCCGAUGAGCUGCUUUGCCAUCCACAAGACCCGCUGGGCCAUGGUAGCCUGUGCUGUGGUGUGGGUCAUUUCACUGGUGGCCGUCAUCCCCAUGACCUUCCUGAUCACAUCGACCUCCAGGACCAAUAGAUCUGCCUGUCUUGACCUCACCAGUUCGGAUGACCUCACCACCAUUAAAUGGUACAAUUUAAUUUUGACCGCCACCACUUUCUGCCUCCCUUUGGUGAUAGUGACACUUUGCUACACAACGAUUAUCUACACCCUAACCCAGGGACCACAGACGAGCAGCUACCUUAAGCAGAAAGCUCGAAGGCUAAUCAUUCUGCUGCUCCUCGUGUUUUACAUAUGCUUUUUACCUUUCCAUAUCUUGAGGGUCAUUCGGAUUGAAUCUCGCCUGCUUUCAAUCCGCUGCUCCGUUGAGAAUCAGAUCCAUGAAGCUUACAUCAUUUCCAGGCCACUGGCUGCCCUGAACACCUUUGGUAACCUGUUACUCUAUGUGGUGGUUGGCAACAACUUUCAGCAGGCCGUCUGCUCCAUAGUAAGGUGCAAGGCAACUGUGGACCCUGAGCAAGCAAAGAAAAUCAGCUACUCAAACAACCCGUGAGAUACUUCAUCGACUUAACCAAAAAUAAGAGUCUGCUGAUACUUUACUCUUCACUCCCAAGAAGUCUGAAAUGUCUCCAUCCAUGGAAUGCCUAGUGAAUACUGUGUCUUCGGGUGAUUACAUACUAUAGCCAGGGCAGGGUUACCAGUAGUUCUCUGCCAUCCCUCUGUUGAGUUCCUGCUUUUGGUAUAAGGACAGGAUGCAUGUCUAUCAGUGAAGUGUUCAGACUUAGAAUUACAAACUAUUAGAACUCAGGGGUGUCUUAGAGAACAUCUGUUCCCACCAACUCCUUACUUACAUAUGGAAACUGAAAUUCAUGCACUUGUCCUGUCCGAGAUCUCUCAGUAAAUUAGUGGCCAGAUAGGAGGAAGUCAAUCUUUUCACCAUAGUUUCAUGCUUCACCAUACCCUGAGGCCUACUUUGUAUUGAAUCACUAGACUAUAAAAGCAUUACUUGUAUCUUUCUUAAAAUUUACUUUUAAUAUCUCACAUCUUUCCAACAUUUUUCCUUCAAGCUUUGCUUUGAGAUUAUGAACCUGGGUUUCUCACUAGGCUUUGGUCAGUUCUCUAGAUUAAAAAGCAAGCCAGUGAGACACAAUUGAAAUCAAAGACAUCAAUACAUAUAGCUGAAAUUAGAACCUGUAAGAUAUUUGGGUAGGUACUAUGUCAUUAUCAUUAUAGACCAUUUAAAAAGUUGUUACUGAAUUGAUAAAGAUUGUCAACUUAUAUUAGUAAUUAUCAACAUGCCUUGAAGAAGGAAGGGGUACUUUGGGGAAGGGGAGUACCUUCAAAUAUGUAUGUAUUGGGUGUUAAAUUGGAUCUAGGAUUGUUUUGAUUUUUGUGGGUGAACACUCUAGAACAUACUCUUUAAAUAUCCUGCUCUUUUAUAACUACAAUACACAGAUAUCUAUUUUAAUAGCUAAAGCUAUUUUUGAAUUGUAUUUGCAUUUAAUAACAAGUAAGCGUAAAUAUCUGAAAAAAUGCCUAGAAUGGAAAUGUAAAAACCCUAGUAAAUGGA